AUGAAUGCAGCAAUUUCUGUGAUGAUGACAUCAUAUGGGAAGCAUUUCGUUUGGAAUCCGGAUGCACCCUCAUUUGUACCCCGCAAUUUAACGAAUUGCCGCAAUACUGAACCACAAAGUUAUCGUCCAACAUUACAUAGCGUUCGAACACCUCCCGCUGCGCCACCACCGCUUAUGUCAACACACAUCGCAGCACCGGGACAAAUACAAGGUUUGGCUCUUGCCAAUCCACAAGCUUUAUCUGUUCAGAAUGUGCCCUCAAUUGCUCAUGCUGGACCACCACAAAUGUUCCCAUAUGCACAUGCUAAUGCAUACGGUGCCGCCAUGCCGCUUUAUUACAACACACCAGUUGUACAGAGUACGCCAAAUGCUGCUGUAGCUACAGCAACCGCAGCAGCGAAUGUUACGGGUGGUCCAAUUGUUGCAAGUACUGCUGGUUUACCAAUUGGGCGUCAUGGACAAAUUGCUGGACAAACAUCUUCAACUAAUCGACGAAAUCAACAGCAACAAUUCAUCCAAAGUGUCGCUGCUGGUAUGUAUGUUCCUGGAGCCAAUCCACCCUACGCUCAACAGCUGAUGUCUCAGUACCAGAUGCCUUAUUUCGCACCAUAUCCGUCACAGCUCUCAAUUGGAGCUUCUUCUAAUAUGCCACCACCGCCAAUACCGCCACCAUCCACGAAUGCGGUAAUUACAGCUCCUCCACCUUACCAAAUUAUACAGACUCAAGCUCAACAGCCGACUGGUUUUCCACGACAGCUUUAUCAAGGCGAUCACUCUGUCGUGAUAUUGUCCAGUGUUCGCACAUCGCAAUAUGAAUCAAGGCCGAUUUAUG